AUGUUGAAGCAAGCCCAUGACGGGUCCUCUGGUGCAAAAGUCCAGGUUUCCCCAAGUCUUCCAGUAGGAGCCGUGAUCAACUGUGCCGACAACACAGGAGAUGAAAGUCCGUGCAUCCUCUCCGUGAACGGGAUCCAGGGGCCACUAAAGAGACGGACUUCCUGCUGCUGGUGUGGGAGGCUUGGGGACGGCCCCAAUCAGAAAAGGGCGAACGAGAGCUCAGAGAGAAGGGGCAUCCAGCGGUGGCAAUUCGACAACCAGUCCUACGGGAGAAAAGAUGGUGUGUUUCAUUAUUUUGAAGAUAAUGCAGGGGUCAUAGUAAACAAUAAAGGCGAGAUGAAAGGUUCUGCCACCCGGACCAGUUGCAAAGAAAUGCGCGCAUUCGUUCCCCAGGUCUGCAUUCGGUGCUUGGCAGCAUUGCACGAUGCUCCGGUGUAUUUGUAA